UUCGAGAUCCACGCUCCCUUUCUCUCUCUCUCUCUCUCUCUCUUCCUUCUCUCGUUAUCUUUCUGUCUCUCACCCGUCGCGAGCCGAUUCGACGAGGGUUCGUCCCUUCGAACGGAAUCCCGAGUGCCGGUCGGGAAGGAAGAGACCGUCCAAUCCCGUCAGGAGGAUCGGCUGCGAAAACGAUCCGGACUCUCCGCUCUUGGAUUCUCCGAUUUUUACGGGAGGAGCUGACGGGGGAAGAGGAGGAGCAGCAGGAGAGGAGGGCGACGAUGUGCGAGGGGAAACCGCUGCGAGUGCUCCAGGACGCGUAGACCCAGAGCAGCCGAACGACACAUCCCGGAGUGAUAAAGGGAGGAUUCGGGAGCCGUCGAGAAGCUAGAGGAACGAGCGGUCGCGGAGGAGAGCGCCUGCGGGGGAACCAGUGCGACUCGGGAUAAUCACGAUGAUGCCGAAGAGAUCGACCGGGUUGCUGUUCAGGUGGCUGCUGUUGGCAGGACUUUUGUGCUGCUCGUCCUGCCAGAGCGCACUGUCGUCCUUUGAGAAUAAAACCGGGCAGAACUUGAGCCGACCGCGGGUCUUCUCGCCCCGGAUGGAUUACGACGAGUGGACGCCGCUGGGCCGCGGCGACCCGCUCAAGAACAACCCGACCUUCGACUACGUGCCGCCCGUGCUCGACAGGGUGCAGUACUGGCUGGACUCGCACACCACCGAGCCCUCGUCGAAGCGCGACAUCCUCGUGCUGGGCGUCACCGCGAAGAAGACCAGUCCGAAGAUACCGGAGCAGUUCCUCCAGUUCGUCGACGGGCCGAAGUUCACGCGGGCCGGCCAGGACGCGCCGUACCGGAGCGACUUCACCGGCAGCGGCGGCGCCGAGCCGCCCAAGAUCGUGCGCACCACCAGCUUCAGGAACGGCCUGGUCGAUUACCGUAACCAGAACCGGCUGCAGGCGUUGCCGGCGAGCUACUACCCCAGCCCGUAUUACGGCCAGAAGAUGAAGCCCUACACGAUGAUGAUGCCGCCGCCGAUGAUCCAGAAGGCCGAGACGUCCACCAGCUACAACGUCGGCGUGCCCAAGGACAAGCUGAUCGGCUACUCGUCCCAGCCGUUCAGCACGCAGACCGAGGAGGGGCCGCUUCUUCAGGAGGCUCAGUAUCACGGAGCGAAGGACUACGUCCAGUACUCCCCGGCGCCCUCGCCGUACCCCACCUCGAAGACGCCGCCGAGCAAGGGGCCCGCUGUCGCCCAGGUCGAGACGAUCAAGAGCGUUUAUACGCCGACCGCGUCGCAGGGCAGCACGAGGUCGAGAUACGAGCCGACCACCGCGCCGUCCGUGUCCUUCGAGAAGUCGAACCUGAUCUAUCAGUCGACGCAGACCCUGUCCGGCGGAUGGCUCGGCAAUGAGCCCACCUCGUCGUCCUCCACCGGCUACCCGGACGUCAACCAGGUCACUUGGCAGAACCCGGAUUACUCCAAGGACCACUACGAAGUGGACUACCACGCUGCGGCCUCGAGCAAUCACGAAGUCGUCGUCGGGCAGAACGCGAACAUCGUAGUGGACGGUAACAGUAACGAGAACGAGGAGGUCGUGCUGGGUCAAAAGGAAUUCAACACCGAGGCCACGUCCUCGACGACGUCGGAGAGCGUCGGCCAGACCUCCACCGUCUCCUUCUCCUCCUCCUCCUCCAGCACUACGGACUCCUCCGAUCAAGGAGAGGAGCAAGAGGAGGUGGACGAGGCCGUGACCGAGGCGCAGAAGAUGCACAUCGUCCUGGCGAACUCGCCCGCCACCAUGGCGAAUCUCGAGGCGCACAAGGCGAAGAAGGGCCCGGUCACCGUGGUGAUGCCGAGCAACUACGUCGAGAAGUCCAACUCCUCGUCCGAGCCGGCGACGACGCUGCGCAACGCCUUGGGCAACCCCGUCACGUCCGAGAUGACGAAGACGACUCAUCAACCGGUGAGGAACGCGGUCACGAGCUCACCGGUCCUCGCCGAGACCCACCCGUCCGCCGUCUCCGUGCUCAGCGAGAUCAUACCACCCUCCCAGCUGCCUCAUCAGCCGCCUUCCGCUCCGCUGAUGCCUCCCAGGCGCGGACCUCUGCAUAUAUUCGUGCCGCCGCAGGCGGCCUCCCAGUCCAGGCCGAAUCACGCCAUGAUGCACUUCAUCGGCAGCAUGCGUCCGGGCUUCCAGCCGUCCUCGCCGAUGGCCCACAUGCACGCGUCGCCUCUGAAAACCAUGAUGGCGCCCUCGGCAAGCUUGGACCAGGCUCACCAGCGGCCGUUCCCCGUCGCCUUCACCAGCCCGCCGUCGCCGUCGACCUUGAGCAUGCAGAGCACCGAGUCGGUCGACCACCGGCCGUCCCGACUGCUCGCGACGAUCAUCAAUUCGAUGACCACCUCGACCCCCUUCGCGCCCACCGUCUCGACCGUGGAAUACACCUCCACCGUAGACCGUCAGGAGAGCACGAGGCCCAGCCAGACGCCAUUGCUGAAGAUCCUCAGCACCGAGGACGCCUCGAAGGCCAAGCCGACGCUCGCAACAUCGUCCACCGGCCCGCCUCGCACCACCACCGUCCCCAGCCUGACCACCGACCCGAUCUUCUCGCACUACAAGCAGCCGGACAAGCCGAUCAGCGGGCCGAUGUACCACAUAAUUCAGGGCCACUCGAAGGUGAAGACCUACAAGCCGACGUUGAACAAGCACAUUCUGGCGUUCGAGAACAACGAAGUCGCGGGGAGCGCGACCGAGCGGCAGCUGUCCAAGCUGGAGCAGCUGAUGUGGCAGAACGCGAAGAACGCCGGCUCGGCCGAGAAGCGCGUGUCCCAGCAGCAGCAACGUCACGACAGCCCGAUGAGUCUCGUCGAGGGCUGGGAGGGCUUCACCGUCGAGCCGUCGGGCCCCGCGACGGUGACGGUGGACGAGCGUCGCGCCAACUCGGUCACGAGCGUUGAGAUCAAUUAAGGAUCCGCCGGUUUGCCAUGGCAGUUCUUCCAGAAGGACCAAGCCCGGCGGGCGGAUCGGUGGUAGCAGGAGGAAGAGGAGACGUCCCCGUCGCGCGGCGGAACGCGGAGGAGCGUUCUCAGUAGAAGGCGAAGACUUCUUAGGGAUGAAAUCGACUUAUUCGUUGCUAUCGCGC